GCCACUUGUCAGUGCCCAUCAAUGCCACCUGCCAGUGCUCAUCAAUGCCACCGGCCAGUGCCCAUCAGUGCCUCAUCAAUGCCACAUAUCAGUGCCUACCAGUGUACAUCAAUGCCACAUAUCAUUGCCCAUCUGAGCUGCCUUUCAGUGUCCCCUAUCAGUGCCAGUCAGUGCCACCUAUCAGUGCUGCCUAUCAGUGCCAGUCAGUGCCACCUAUCAGUGCUGCCAAUCAGUGCCAUACCUAUCAGUGCCCAUCAGUGCAGUCUAUCAGUGCCCAUCACUGCAGCCUCAUUAGCGCACAUCAGUGAAGGAGAAAAAUCACUUGUUUACAAAAUUUUAUAA